GUUCUUUUCUUUUCUCUACAGAUUUUAAAUAACCUCAGCAUGGUUGUUAAAUCAGGGGAAAUGACAGCUGUGGUAGGAUCCAGUGGAUCCGGGAAAAGCACAGCCCUGCAGCUUAUUCAGCGUUUCUACGACCCCAGUGAAGGCAUGGUGACUUUAGAUGGCCAUGACCUUCGCUCUCUUAACAUUCAGUGGCUUAGAGCUCAGAUUGGGAUGGUGGAGCAAGAGCCCGUUCUGUUCUCUACCACCAUUGCAGAGAACAUUCGUUAUGGCAGAGAGGACGCAACGAUGGAAGAUAUAGUUCAAGCUGCCAAGGCAGCCAAUGCCUACAGCUUCAUCAUGGACCUGCCACAGCAAUUUGACACUCUUGUUGGAGAAGGAGGAGGCCAGAUGAGUGGUGGCCAGAAACAAAGAGUGGCCAUUGCCAGAGCCCUUGUCCGAAACCCCAAGAUCCUGCUUUUGGACAUGGCCACCUCGGCACUGGACAAUGAGAGUGAAGCCACGGUACAAGAGGCACUGAGUAAGAUUCAGCAGGGACAUACGGUCAUUUCGGUUGCUCAUCGCCUGUCCACAGUCAGAGCUGCAGAUGUCAUUAUUGGUUUUGAACAUGGUACAGCAGUGGAAAGAGGCACCCAUGAGGAACUGUUGGAACGGAAAGGAGUCUACUUCACUCUAGUGACUUUGCAGAGUCAAGGCAAUCAGGCUGCUAACAUAGAAGGCAUAAAGGGAGAAGAUAAAACUGACCGGGCCUCACUUGACAGCAAACAGACCUUUUGCAGAGGGAGCUACCAGGCUAGUUUAAGAGCUUCAAUCCGAGAACGCUCCAAGUCUCAGCUUUCUUACUUGGUACAUGAACCUCCAUUAGCUGUUGUAGAUCAUAAGUCUACUUAUGAAGAAGACAGAAAGGUCAGGCACCAGUUGCUCUUGGGGAUUGGAGGCAGUCUUUCGGGGACUAUUCUCUAUUGGCAGAUGAUAGACGGACAUGACAGCAAAAAAGUCAACGUCCAGUUUCUCCGCUCGAACAUUGGGAUUGUUUCCCAGGAGCCAGUGUUGUUUGCCUGUAGCAUCAUGGACAAUAUCAAGUAUGGAGACAACACCAAAGAAAUCCCCAAGGAAAAAGUCAUAGAGGCCGCAAAGCGGGCACAGCUGCAUGACUUCAUCAUGUCCCUCCCAGAGAAAUAUGAAACUAAUGUUGGGGCCCAAGGGUCUCAGCUAUCUCGAGGAGAGAAACAACGUAUUGCUAUCGCUCGGGCCAUUGUACGAGAUCCUAAAAUCCUGCUGCUAGAUGAAGCCACUUCUGCCUUAGACACAGAAAGUGAAAAGAUGGUGCAGGCCGCCCUGGACAAAGCCAGAGAAGGUCGGACCUGCAUUGUCAUUGCUCAUCGUUUGUCUACCAUCCAAAACUCAGAUAUCAUUGCUGUCAUGUCACAGGGGAAAGUGAUUGAAAAGGGGACCCAUGAAGAACUGAUGGACCAGAAAGGAGCCUACUACAAACUCGUCACCACAGGAGCCCCCAUCAGCUGAGCUGACUCAAGAACGUCGUGCACAGAUGAGGCGCCAAUUACAGGAGGGCCGUGGGGUUUUUUUUUUUCUUUAAGGAGAAGUGAUAAUAUUUUACUUUUACAGACAUUGUCAUACACUGGGAUCCAAGCUAAUUUCUAAUGACCUUCAAUAAUAUCUUAGUUUUAAAAAUCUGUAUAUAGAAAAUGAAAGAAACUAGGGUUAGUGUGAGUGAAUCCAAUGUCAAGCAGGUGCUCAGCCAUUACCCAGUGGCUUUCUCCAUGCAGAAGCCAGUCCCAGUUACUACAUGGGAAUCAACAAGAGGUCACAGAGUGAAUGAGACUUUGAAUUCCUCAAGGCAGAAGACUAUCCUUCGAAUUUUUGAAACUUCAGUGUACACAGAGCCUAGUGCACUUACAAUAGGGACUCAAUGCCUGUUUAUCAAGCUGGACCAAGGUCAUAUGUGAAAAGAACAGGAGGACUGACAACCAACUAUUUCUUGACUAAAGUUUUCUUGCAAGUGAAAGCAGAUUCAUUCAUCUCUAAGGAUGGGGACAGGAAAAGGAGGGCUCUCAGGCUGAGAAAGGCAGAAAGGGGCAAGUAUUUGCAGGGACUUACCAGUUAGGAGUGUGGAUUUAUAGAUUCAGGGUGUAGUAGGUGGGUGGUAGAGUCAACAUUUACUGCACUACAAUCUGCCAGUGUGGCUUUUUUUGUAUAACACUAUAUGAAGCUACAACAAAAUAAAAGGCACUGUCUUCAUUUCAUGAAUAGACUGGAGAGACAAAGGACAGCAACCUGGGACAAAGACUCUAUCCCAGGCCUUUAAUCCUUGUCACCACCCUCCGCAUUGGUUGCCUGUAUGGAAACAGAAGUACACACCCCUCCUGCAGCAGGAUGGCUGCCCUUCUCUAAUUCUAGCAAAAGAAUUGGGGAAGCUCACUGAGAAACAUGCACUUAGAGACCCAAGUCACAUUUGAAGGGGUGGCUAAAGACAAGGGGAUUGAAUAUAAAGCGGUAUCUGAACAGAAAAAAAAAAUUCCAGCUCCCUCCUCCUCUGGCAGGAGAUUUUAGGAGUAGCCUCUGGGGAAACUGGCUAAUCCAGUUAAAAGAAAAGAGACUAUCUUUUAAUGAGGCAUAAUGAGGAAUAAUGAGGUAUAAAAGAGACUAUAGAAAAGAGACUAUCAGGGGCAGAGAUCCUCCACAGAAACUCCCCAACCAGAUUACUCUACCUUGAAGCCCGCCUGCCAAAAACACAUACCCAUUGGCUUUUCAGUGUCUCACUCUUCCAUAGGAAUAGAUUGUCAAGAAUCACCAGGCAUUAAGGAAAUAUUUUAACACAAAAAACAAAAUGACAACAAUAGAAUGCCCAGAACAAUGAUAUUAGAGGUAACAGAGCCAAUGCAAAGAUUUGGAAAACAGUCAAAGAAUGCCAAUAAAUUCACAUAAUGAGAUGAGAAGAUAUUCCCAUCUAUUUAAAUAAAAACAAGAGUUCACAAAAAUGAACAUACAAAUAAAAUACAAAAAAAGAGCUCUUGACAACUGAAGUGAAAAAUUCAGUAGCAGUUCCUAUCAAGUCGUCCUGCCCUCAAGAUGUCUUCCUGCUCUAUCUCUUUCCCAAAUGCACUUGAUGUAUAUAAGUUUUCUUCCCAUGGCCAACAAGUGAAAUUCUGCCUACAAAUUAAGCUUGAGCUGUUGUAUAAUGAGGUAUAUUAUUUAUGUGUCUGUCCAGUGUUUCCUGGUAAAUAACCAUAAAGGUGGUUUAGCAAGGUAACUAGGUAGGUCAGAAGAACUGAUGGUUGCCAAGUCAGGGAGGGAGAGGGUGGAGGACAGUACUUUAGUUAAGUCAUGAAAAAUGGCAGGGACAAGUACACUGCAGAAUAAAGAUGCCUGCAAGAAGGAAUUAAAUUUUGCAGUAUGCAUGGGCUCAUCCUGUAAUAUUGAAGAAAGGAGAACAAAAUCCGUUUGUGGAAGUGCGCAUUUCAAAGAAGAACAUAAGCUUCGUGCUGGGAGGCUGUCAGUUUCCUGGAGUGCAAUGUGUGAGGUGUGAAAAAUGAAUGAACAAGAGUCAUUUUUCAAAUAAGGUACUUGAAAGUUAUUGAUGAGCAGGAUAAGGUUGACAACAGAGGGUUUGAAAUAAUGUGGGAAAACAAUUGUUUUUUGAGGCUCAGUGACAAGGUAAAGGAUUAUAACCUUAAAAAUAUAGAAUAAAUAAAGUUGCAAAUUUAUUUUACAA